AUGUCCUUUCUUUCAAACAUUUUUCGGUGUUUGUGUUUAUGUUUAGUGAUUCAACGUGGUUCCUGGUAUCCGAACCCUCAAAAUAUUUCUUCACAAAAUCAACGAAAACCUAUAAAAGACAAAAUUCAAACUUGCGCGCCCAAAAAGAGACAAGCGACUUUAAGAAAACCUGAAUGGCUUAAAGAAUGGACAAUAAGUAAAGGAUGGGUUCACAAUAAAAGUCAUCUCUUAGAACUUGGCAGAAAAAAACUAACAGAUAUGGAUAAGAAAAACUACGAAGAACUUUCUGAAAAUAGUUCUGUAUCUAUGGAUAAUAUCGAGGAUCUUAUUUCAAUAAAAAGUAUUGAAAAUGAUGAAGAUAAUAGAAAAAUGAUUGAUAUCGAAGAUGAUUCUUCAAUACCGGAAGAAGAAGAAGAAGAAGAAGAUGAUGAAAAUAUUAAAAUAUCUUCCGUACAAAGAGUGUCGCAAGUUUAUCAAGAAGUUAAUAAAAAUUAUAGAAAUAAUUUUCCGAUUUGUUCACAUGGUCUUAAAGAAAGUCAAGAAAACAGUCUUCCUCAAAUUUAUAAAGAAAGGUUAUUGAUGGACAAAAGAGAUAGCAAUUUACUCUCAGGUAUCUUUAGAUAUGUGAAACCUGCACAAAAGAAGAAACUAGAUUUAAAUAAUUGUAAAUUCACUGUUAAUAGAUUGUACGAAGAUAGAAUAUUUUCAGGAGAUUCAACUGAAAGGAAAUUAGAAUCUCAAAAAUUUGGAAAAAGAAAUAAUUUGGGAAAGAAUAUAGCUUUAUUUAAUACACUUAAUGCAAAAACAAAUCUUCAUGAAGAUAUCAUAUAUGAAUGCUCCGAUGAAAACAGCAAUUACAAUUCAUUAAAUAAUAUUUAUUUUAAUCCAAUAUAUUCGCCAUUACCUUUACAAAAAUUUGAAAAUUUUAACUCAAAUCAAACUAAUCAAAUAGAACUUUUAGAUAGAAGAGCAAUAGCCAUUCACAACUAUCAAGAAAACCUAAAACUAUUGACUAAACGUGAAAAGUAUGUUAUAAGACACAUCAAAAUUAGAUUUAUGUUAUCGUUAAGAAUUGGCAGGUUUAAAAAAACGAACAAAAAACCCGGGAUUAAAAAACAAAGUUGUUUUCGGUCAAGAAAAAGUGCAAAGUUAGUUGAUAAAAGUGAUUAUAUUAAAAUGAGAGUUGCCAAAAUUCAUGAUGAACAGAGGAGAAUUGGAAAUGGAAGAACAUCUGUUAAAAUUCAGAACAUGAGGUAG